GCGCCCACUGUGAAAGUUAUCCCGCGGUCGGAGGAGGAGACACCGUGACAGCCCCAUCUUCAAACCAACAACCCAAUCCGCUUUUGAAACAGUAGUCGGCGUGCUGAGCCAGGAGCUAACCAGUAGCUCCCUCUCUGUGAGACCUGGGACACCGAGGCGAAGGGGAGAGCUCAUUCCACAACACGGCAGUCCUCCAUGGCUCUGUGCAACGGAGACAGCAAGCUGGAGAUCAGCAGCGCAGAGCAGAAUGGGUCAUGUGAGGGGGCGGUGGCGAUCCUGGAUGCUGGGGCCCAGUAUGGCAAGGUGAUUGACAGACGGGUGCGAGAGCUGUGCGUACGCUCUGAGAUCCUCCCGUUAGAAACCCCAGCCUUUGCCAUCAGAGAACAGGGCUACAGGGCAAUCAUCAUUUCAGGAGGCCCAGCCUCUGUGUAUGCUGAAGAUGCCCCCUGGUUUGACCCUGCCAUAUUCACUAUAGGAAAACCUGUCCUUGGGAUUUGCUAUGGGAUGCAGAUGAUGAAUAAAGUUUUUGGUGGCACAGUACACAAAAAGAGUGUGAGGGAAGAUGGAGUUUUCAGUAUUGGACUGGACAACACUUGUUCUCUCUUCAGAGGCCUUCAGAAGGAGGAACUGGUCCUGCUGACCCAUGGAGAUAGUGUGGAUAAGGUGGCUGAUGGCUUUAAAGUGGUGGCCCAAUCAGGGAACAUCAUUGCCGGGAUUGCUAAUGAACAGAAGAAGCUGUACGGGACGCAGUUUCACCCUGAAGUCGACUUGACUGAGAGAGGCAUGGAGAUGCUGCGCACCUUCCUGUUCGAGAUUGCAGGAUGCACGAGCAACUUCACCGUACAGAACCGCCAGCAGGCCUGCAUCAACGAGAUCAGAGAAAAAGUAGACAAGUCUAAAGUGCUGGUGCUGCUGAGUGGUGGGGUGGACUCAACCGUUUGCACAGCCCUCCUCAACAAGGCUCUGAACCAGGACCAGGUGAUAGCAGUUCACAUCGACAACGGCUUCAUGAGGAAGAGGGAGAGUCAGAGUGUGGAAGAGGCCCUCACCAAGCUGGGCAUCAAACUCAAAGUGGUAAAUGCGGCUCACACCUUCUACAACGGAACAACAACCCUCCCCAUCUCUGAGGAGGACAGGACGCCACGAAAACGCAUCAGCAAGACUUUGAAUAUGACAACCAACCCGGAGGAGAAAAGGAAAAUCAUUGGAGAUACGUUUGUCAAAGUGGCAAAUGAAGUGAUUGGAGAGAUGAAUCUGAAGCCAGAGGAGGUUUUCCUGGCCCAGGGCACCUUGCGGCCCGAUCUCAUCGAGAGUGCCUCUCAUCUUGCCAGCGGCAAGGCAGAGGUCAUCAAAACACACCACAACGACACUGAGCUCAUCCGCAAACUCCGAGAUGAGGGAAAAGUAAUCGAACCGCUGAAAGAUUUCCAUAAAGAUGAAGUCAGAGCGCUGGGGAGAGAGCUGGGCCUGCCAGAGGAGAUUGUCUCCCGACACCCUUUCCCUGGUCCUGGUUUGUCCAUCAGAGUGAUUUGUGCAGAGGAGCCCUACAUCUGUAAGGACUUUGCUGAAACAAACAACAUCCUCAAAAUCAUCACAGACUUCUCUGCAAGCGUCAAAAAGCCCCAUGCCUUGCUGCAGAGAGUCAAGUCGUGCAUAUCAGACGAGGAGGAAGAGAAGCUCAUGCAGAUCACCAGCCUUCAUUCACUCAAUGCCUUCCUGCUGCCCAUCAAAACUGUUGGCGUCCAGGGUGAUUGCCGGUCCUACAGUUAUGUGUGCGGUGUCACAAGUAAAGAAUCUCCACACUGGGAAUCUCUCAUGUUCCUGGCCAGACUCAUCCCCCGCAUGUGCCAUAGCAUCAAUAGAGUUGUGUAUGUGUUUGGGUCCCACGUGAAAGAGCCUCCAACAGACAUUACCCCAACCUUCCUGACCACAGGCGUUCUGAGCACGCUCAGACAGGCUGACUUUGUAGCUCACUCUAUCCUGAGAGAGUCUGGCUAUUCCGGUAAGAUCAGCCAGAUGCCGGUGAUCCUGACCCCCCUGCACUUUGACCGUGACCCACUGCAAAAGCAGCCAUCCUGCCGGCGCUCUGUGGUGGUCCGCACCUUCAUCACCAGCGAUUUCAUGACCGGCAUCCCUGCCAUGCCAGGCAACCACAUCCCAGAGGAGGUGGUCCUGAAGAUGGUGAACGAGAUCAAGAAGAUCCCAGGCAUCUCCAGAGUCAUGUAUGAUCUGACCUCCAAACCACCUGGCACCACAGAGUGGGAAUAAAACACGACAUGACGUCACACCGACAGGAGACGUACUCACACACAAUGCACAAACACGAUCAACAGAUAUCAGAGAGGGCUGGUGAACUCUUCUCCUUUUCUGUCCUCCCUCCUUACUUUCCUCACCUCCCCCUCCCUCCCCCCUUCCCCGCACCUCCAACCCUCUCUUCAACAUUCCCAUGGAGGCAGACCGUACUGUGACGGGCGCACAUGCAAAGGCGCUGCUACUCUGCUCUCCCCCACCACUCCUCCCUGGUCUUAAUAUUUUUGGCGAUAGGGAUUGAUUAAUGUUGGUUAUUGAUAAUAUAUUGUCAUUUUUUUGAUCUAUGUACAACAGUGUAUUUCCUCUCUACGAUGAAAAGGUACAUUGCUGCUUCCUUUUUGUGCGAGGUCAACCAUGAAAGGCAAGUGGCGAGAAGCUGUGAAAGACCAGAGGGUGGACUUUGACGGUGUGCCUCAGGUUGCAUUGUGGGACGAGAUAACAUGAAAACAAGCAAACAGUCGUGUCAUGAAAAGAAAGAAUAGCCGAGGGAGAGUUUGAAAAUGUUCAGCAAUCGUUUUCUGCCUUUUUUUGACAGAUGUUUUUGUCUUACUGUUGUAGGUCAGGAUGUUCUCAACCUAAGACUAUCCUCUCUUAUUUGUUCAUUUUCACUUUCUGCCUGUAUACUGUGCUAUGACGGUUGUCUGUUUAAAGUAAAACUGAACAGACGACCUAUGUGACCAAUCAAUAAUUUUUAAGCUUUUUGUUUUGCCAAAAGUAGAAUAUGCUGUGGUGAUAUAUAACAUUGUGGGCUCCUAUGGCGAUCUUCUCCGAGUUUCGUUUGUUGACGAGAGCACUUGACUUGUCGCUGUGCACGUCGUGGACAGCCGGCAACCCAAGGUUCAGUAUGAUGACUAGUGUGCAGCUGUGCAGGAGGCCAACACGAUGGGUAACUUUGUAUGUGCCUGUUCUAUUGUUUUUGUUUAUUUCUUUGGUGUGAGCCAACCUGGACUCUGAUGUUUCCAGAAAGGAGGAUAUAACACUGUUUCUCCUCAUGCUGCAAUAUGUAUGCUUUUUAUGAAGAAUAAACAUGGCAAGAGGACUAACUAAUAACAAAAUUAUAAGUACAGAAGAGUUUAUAACCACAUUGUGUAAAUUGCUGUUAACAUUUCGUUGUUAUUUGGCUGCUCUUUUGUUGUGCGGGAGCACAUUUUUGCACAUUUUGUCUUGUUUUCACCCAUAAAGCCUUCGUGCUUUAUCAGCAUAACAGAAUCAUACAUCCAGCGGGAACGUCACCGUCUUAUGUGUCACUCUGUAGUGUUAAAAGGGCAGGUUAAGUGCUGUCUGGUGCCAUCUCUAACGCAAGUUCACUGUGUCUCAGAAAAGCUUCAGUCCUUCAUUUAUCUGUUCGCUCAAAACAUUCAGCAUAAUAAUCUCCAGUCUUCACUCUCGUCAUUUAGACCUCAGUAAAUCCAGUGCUCAGGUUCAACUGAGUUUUCCGAAGUGUAUUGUACCCUGAUAGAGACAUUUCACCUGGACGUGGUGGUUCUCAUGCCUCAUGAAUAUGUCUUCGUGUCUCUAACCCUCUGUUAAAUCCUUAAACUUUAGUGGCAAAAUACUCCUAAUGCAAAACGAAAGGUUUUCCUAACUUGUCUUAACUGCUAUGUGUUUCUCCCUCUGUUCUGCCUUUUAUACUUACGUGGGUAUUUUCUGUUACAUAUGUCUCCAUAGAAAACAACAGCUUCAUAGUAAUGGACAUAUAAUUUUGUAGUUGGAUUUAAUUGCAAUAUCGAUAAGAUUAAGUUAUGCAAUUUAAUGUCUGAAGUUUUUUUUGUGUGUUUUUAUUUGAUUUUUGUUCAACAACGCUCAUUCUCCUUAGUAAUGUGCCUCAAACCAAGCCACUGCAUGCAGUUUCAACUAUGAUGACAUUUGUACAAUGGAAAACUGAGCUUUAAUAAAGAUCUCCAUGUUGAAACUUC